UCCACAUCAGUCGUGUCAAAUCUGCCUCACAAUAAAGUGCUACCAGUUGUUAAGCUGUGUUCACUUGUAUUUGUACAUUGUUAUUAAGCAAACAUUGAUAACAAAAUUAGCAAAACUAUAUUAAAUGCAUCUACGCAAUUGUAUGAAAGUGGUGUGAAUGCGGUGCAAUCAAUAAUGCGAUUUUGUGAUUUAACCUGACACAAGAUUUUACAAAAUGAACUUAUUAUUUAGGCACAUUAGCAAUCUGGGUUGGAAAAGAAUUUUCCAAAUAUUUAUACUAGUAUGGCUUUCAAUAUUUUUAAUAACAAUACUGCCAAUGAUCUCCACCCAUGUUGCAAACUCAGAUACAAAAACUGCUGACCGACUUGCUCGUGCUCUAGCUGAAUUGGAAUCUUUGAGAAAACAAAAUAAGGAAUUAUAUGACAUAUUCAAAGACAUCAACGUUGGAGAUUUAAAAGCUGAUGAAAAAGAGGUAUUGGAGAACUUCCAAAUGCGCUUAACAAAAGCUGAUCGAACAAUAAAUAAUAAUCAAGACUAUGGUUACAUUAGUCAAAAAGAGGAGCCUAAUAUACAGUAUGAGAUUUAUCGGAGAAGAAUUGAAAUGAAUAUACAAGAGUUUUGGUCAUACAUACAUUCAGAACUGUUGAAUUUGCAGCAACAAGUGAAAUAUUUAGCACCUGAAUUGAUUAAUCCAAUAAAUCAAGUUUUUAAUCUUGGGGCUCAACAUAAAAGAUCUUUAAUUAAUGACAUCCAAACUCUAGCCGAAGUAGAUGGUUAUGCAACAUGGAGGGAGAAGGAAUCUAAUGAUUUAAGUAACUUAGUACAAUCUAGAUUUAAGAAGCUACAAAAUCCAUCAGACUGUAAGAGUGCCAAAAAAUUAGUUUGCAGUUUGAACAAAGGAUGUGGUUAUGGAUGCCAGUUGCACCAUGUUGUUUACUGUUUUAUGGUGGCUUAUGGUACAGAGAGAACUUUAGUAUUAAAAUCGAAAGGUUGGAGAUAUCAUAAAGCUGGAUGGGAAGAAGUGUUUCAACCAAUCAGUGAAACGUGUACUUCUGCUACAGGGGAAACAACAAAGAAUUGGCCUGGUACACCCGAUAUACAAGUUUUAACUUUGCCAAUAAUCGAUUCUAUAUCACCGCGACCACCUUUCUUACCAUUAGCAAUCCCAGAAGAUUUAGCGCCCAGGCUCUCCCGAAUUCACGGUGAUCCAAUAGUCUGGUGGGUCGGGCAAUUUUUGAAGUACCUGCUACGACCGCAAGAAAAAACUGCGGCAUUUCUACAAGAAGCAAUUACGAAUAUGGGAUUUAAAAGACCAAUAGUUGGUGUACAUGUGCGACGUACCGAUAAAGUAGGAACGGAAGCGUCUUACCAUGGAAUUGAAGAAUAUAUGACUGCCGUUGAUGAAUAUUAUAAUCAAUUGGAGUUGAAGCAGAAGUUCGAUAAGCGAAGAAUAUAUUUAGCCUCUGACGAUCCUAAAGUUAUUGUGGAUGCUAAAAAUAAAUACCCAAACUAUGAAAUACUCGGAGAUGCAGAUGUAGCGAAGACAGCGGCGGUUUCAUCACGCUAUUCGGACUCUUCGCUUAAUGGAAUUAUAUUGGAUAUUCAUAUGUUAUCUAUGAGCGACUAUUUAGUUUGCACGUUUUCUUCUCAAGUUUGCAGAGUGGCUUAUGAGAUAAUGCAGAACUUCUUCCCAGAUGCUGCAAACAAAUUUAAAUCUUUAGACGACAUUUACUAUUACGGCGGCCAAAAUGCUCAUAAUCGUGUCGCCGUUUUACCACACGAGAGUCAGAAGAAUGGGGAAUUGAACUUGCAAGUAGGUGACCUGAUUGGUGUUGCUGGCAAUCACUGGAACGGCUUCAGCAAAGGAAGGAAUUUGAGAACGCAACAAGUCGGACUGUAUCCCAGCUUCAAAGUGAAAGAUAAAGUUGAGUCUGUUAAGUUCCCUACAUAUCAGGAACCCUCCGACAAACUAAUAGAAGAAUAACUAUUAUAUCUUCCUGUUUUAUUUAUUAUUAUUAUUAUUACAUCCUAGUUGUUCCUAAAUUAUGUGAUUUUGUUAAUGUUUUAAUACGCGACUAGGGUCACUUGCAGCCAGUAAUCCUAGUAUUUUUUUUUUCUCUCUUUUAGUACAAU